UUUCCUUAUUCUCCACACGAUCCUCACCACUCUCAUCUCUCAAGCCGAGCAAAGAUAUUCAUAUAUUUUAUGUACGGGGAGGAGGGAUUCUUGAAAAGACCUUUAAUUUGAUCGAAUUUGGUGUUACUGAUCAAACCAUGUCUGUUCAGUCACUUCCUCAACUUCUCUAUUCUAAUGGAAAGUCAACGAAUCCCACCUCUGUUCUCGCGUCUAAACAGGGUGUUUUAUUCGGAGAUUUCGUGGGUCUUUGCUGUAAGUCCAAGUGGACUCGCCGGAGGAUCGGAGCUUCGUCGUGUCGACGUAUCGGAAGCUAUUCUUCCAGGAACUGGUCUUCUGUUAGGUCUAUUCUAGAUUUGAAACGCGUAGGAAAUGCCUCUGUACAAAAAGCUGAUUCAGUGCGUAAGGUUGCACAUAUUGAUGAUAUACUAGCUGAAAGGGGAGCUUGUGGAGUUGGUUUUAUAGCCCAUUUGGAAAAUAAACCAUCACAUGAAAUUGUUAAAGAUGCUCUUACUGCUCUCGGUUGCAUGGAACAUCGUGGAGGUUGUGGAGCAGAUAAUGAUUCUGGUGAUGGUUCAGGAGUCAUGACAUCAAUCCCUUGGGAUCUCUUCAACAAUUGGGCAGAUAAGCAAGGGCUCGCUUCCUUUGAUAAAGUACACACUGGUGUGGGAAUGGUUUUCCUUCCAAAUGAUGAGAACCUAUUGAAGGAAGCUAAAUCAGUUAUUAUCAAUAUAUUUUCUCAAGAGGGUCUUGAAGUGCUUGGAUGGAGGCCAGUUCCUGUAGAUGCUUCUAUAGUUGGUUAUUAUGCAAGAGAAACAAUGCCAAACAUACAGCAGGUUUUUGUUAAAGUUGUCAAGGAAGAAAGUGUUGAUGACAUUGAAAGGGAAUUGUACAUAUGCAGAAAGUUAAUUGAAAGAGCAGCCACUUCUGAAGCUUGGGGAAAUGAGGUCUAUUUUUGUUCUUUGUCAAAUCAGACCAUCGUCUAUAAGGGAAUGCUUCGAUCAGAAGUUCUCGGGAAAUUUUACACUGAUCUACAAAGUAACCUUUAUACAUCUCCUUUUGCUAUUUACCAUCGGAGGUAUAGCACCAAUACUAGUCCCAGGUGGCCUCUUGCUCAACCGAUGAGGUUUCUUGGCCACAAUGGGGAGAUCAAUACUAUACAGGGGAACUUGAACUGGAUGCAAUCUCGAGAGGCCUCACUAGAAUCUCCUGUUUGGCAUGGCCGUGAAAGUGAAAUCCGUCCUUUUGGAAACUCCAAAGCAUCAGACUCUGCAAACCUUGACAGUGCAGCUGAGUUAUUAAUAAGAAGUGGCCGUAACCCAGAGGAAGCAUUGAUGAUUCUUGUACCAGAGGGUUACAAGAAUCACCCAACUUUGGCCAUAAAGUAUCCCGAGGUUGUUGAUUUUUAUGACUAUUACAAGGGUCAGAUGGAAGCAUGGGAUGGUCCUGCAUUACUUUUAUUCAGUGAUGGUAAAACUGUUGGGGCAUGUCUAGAUCGGAAUGGACUUCGCCCUGCUAGAUAUUGGCGAACUAGCGAUAAUAUUGUUUAUGUUGCUUCUGAGGUUGGUGUUUUGCCAAUGGAUGAGUCAAAGGUGAUAAUGAAAGGCCGUCUUGGUCCAGGAAUGAUGAUAGCGGUGGAUCUGCUAAGUGGUCAGGUUUAUGAGAAUACAGACGUUAAGAAGAAGGUUGCUUUGUCAAAUCCGUAUGGGAAAUGGCUAGAAGAGAACAUGCGGUCACUUAAACCAGGGAAGUUCCUCUCCGCAACAGUUCUGGACAAUGAAGCAAUAUUGAGAAGGCAACAGGCAUAUGGCUACUCCAGUGAGGAUGUCCAAAUGGUUAUUGAAUCUAUGGCUUCUCAGGGAAAGGAACCUACAUUUUGCAUGGGAGAUGACAUUCCGUUAGCAGUGUUGUCUCAGAGACCUCACAUGCUUUAUGACUAUUUCAAGCAGCGAUUUGCUCAGGUUACAAAUCCAGCUAUUGAUCCUCUUAGAGAAGGUCUAGUAAUGUCUCUUGAAGUGAAUAUAGGAAAGCGUAGAAACAUUUUGGAAGUUGGCCCUGAGAAUGCUUCACAGGUCACUUUGUCAAGUCCUGUACUGAAUGAGAGUGAACUAGAUUUGUUGCUCAAAGAUCCUAUCCUGAAACCUCAAGUCCUAAAAACAUUCUUCAGUAUUAGAAAUGGGGUUGAAGGUUCACUGGAGAAGGCACUGAAUAAGCUCUGUGAUGCCGCUGAUGAUGCUGUCAGAAAUGGUUCUCAGUUGCUUGUAAUUUCUGACAGGUCUGAUGAUUUGGAGGCAACACGUCCUGCAAUUCCGAUACUUCUAGCUGUUGGUGCUGUUCAUCAACAUUUGAUUCAAAAUGGCCUGCGAAUGUCGGCUUCCAUCGUAGCAGAUACCGCUCAGUGCUUUAGUACACAUCAGUUUGCUUGUUUGAUUGGUUAUGGUGCAAGUGCUGUCUGCCCCUACCUGGCAUUGGAGACUAGCCGGCAGUGGCGUUUGAGUACCAAAACUGUGAACCUGAUGCGUAAUGGCAAGAUGCCAACUGUUACAAUCGAGCAGGCUCAAAAGAAUUACUGCAAGGCAGUUAAAUCUGGUUUAAUGAAAAUUCUUUCCAAAAUGGGCAUCUCCCUGCUAUCAAGUUACUGUGGUGCACAGAUAUUUGAAAUCUAUGGUUUAGGUCAAGAUGUUGUUGAUGUGGCGUUUUGUGGGAGUAGAUCAAGCAUUGGUGGGCUAACCCUUGAUGAGCUGGCUAGAGAAACUUUAUCUUUCUGGGUAAAGGCUUUCUCAGAAGAUACUGCUAAAAGACUUGAAAAUUUUGGUUUUAUUCAAUUUAGACCAGGAGGAGAGUAUCAUGGCAACAACCCAGAGAUGUCAAAACUACUUCAUAAAGCUGUUCGGCAAAAGAGUGAGAGUGCUUAUUCGGUAUACCAACAGCACUUGGCUAAUAGGCCUGUAAAUGUUAUACGUGACCUUCUUGAGUUUAAAAGUGAGCGGGCCCCAAUUCCAGUUGGAAAGGUUGAACCUGCCUCAUCUAUUGUUCAACGAUUCUGCACUGGUGGGAUGUCACUUGGAGCCAUUUCCAGGGAGACUCAUGAAGCCAUUGCCAUUGCAAUGAAUAGAUUAGGUGGAAAAUCUAACUCGGGGGAAGGUGGUGAGGAUCCAAUCCGCUGGAAGCCUCUUACGGAUGUUGAAGAUGGCUACUCUCCAACAUUACCUCAUCUGAAAGGUCUUCAAAAUGGGGAUACUGCUACAAGUGCCAUUAAGCAGGUUGCUUCAGGACGUUUUGGUGUCACCCCUACAUUUUUGGUAAAUGCUGAUCAGUUGGAGAUAAAAGUUGCUCAAGGAGCAAAGCCCGGGGAAGGGGGGCAACUCCCGGGAAAAAAAGUUAGUGCAUAUAUUGCAAGAUUACGAAAUUCCAAGCCAGGAGUUCCACUCAUAUCUCCACCUCCACACCAUGAUAUCUACUCAAUUGAGGAUCUUGCCCAGUUGAUAUAUGACCUUCAUCAGGUUAAUCCUAAAGCAAAGGUUUCUGUAAAGCUAGUAGCAGAAGCUGGGAUUGGGACUGUUGCAUCGGGAGUCGCAAAGGGAAAUGCUGAUAUCAUACAGAUAUCCGGACAUGACGGGGGAACAGGAGCCAGCCCUAUCAGCUCUAUAAAGCAUGCUGGUGGUCCCUGGGAACUUGGUCUCACGGAGACACACCAGACACUCAUUGAAAAUGGACUCAGGGAAAGAGUCCUCCUUAGGGUAGACGGUGGUUUCAAAAGUGGGUUUGAUGUCCUGAUGGCUGCUGCAAUGGGUGCUGAUGAGUAUGGGUUUGGUUCGGUUGCAAUGAUUGCCACCGGAUGUGUCAUGGCUCGUAUUUGCCACACAAAUAAUUGUCCAGUUGGUGUUGCCAGUCAGAGAGAAGAAUUACGAGCUCGCUUCCCUGGUGUCCCCGGCGACCUUGUCAACUACUUUUUAUAUGUGGCUGAAGAGGUAAGGGGCAUAUUGGCACAACUGGGAUAUGAGAAGCUGGAUGAUGUAAUUGGAAGAACAAAUCUGCUUAAACCUAGAGAUAUAUCUCUAGUGAAGACCCAACAUCUUGAUCUCAACUAUAUACUCUCAAAUGUUGGUUUUCCAAAAUGGAGCAGCACUGAAAUCAGGAAACAAGAGGUCCACAGUAAUGGUCCUGUACUCGAUGAUGUUAUACUUGCAGAUCCAGAGAUACUAGAAGCAAUUGCGAACGAGAAAGUGGUUAAUAAAAGUGCACGAAUAUACAAUGUGGAUCGUGCUGUUUGUGGACGCAUAGCAGGUGUUAUUGCGAAAAAAUAUGGCGACACUGGUUUUGCUGGGCAGUUGAACAUCACAUUUACUGGGAGCGCUGGGCAGUCAUUUGCUUGUUUCCUCACUCCUGGAAUGAAUAUUCGCCUAAUAGGAGAAUCUAAUGACUAUGUGGGAAAGGGUAUGGCUGGAGGUGAGUUAGUGGUAGUUCCACCUGAGAAUCCGGGUUUCUUGCCUGAGGAUGCGACCAUAGUAGGGAAUACAUGCUUAUAUGGAGCAACGGGCGGUCAAGUCUUUGUUAGAGGAAAAGCUGGAGAGCGUUUUGCUGUGAGAAAUUCUCUUGCUGAAGCUGUUGUGGAAGGCACAGGAGAUCAUUGCUGCGAGUACAUGACUGGAGGCUGUGUGGUUGUGUUGGGAAAAGUGGGCAGAAACGUAGCUGCUGGUAUGACUGGAGGCUUAGCAUACAUUCUAGACGAAGAUGAUACAUUUGUUCCCAAGGUAAAUGGGGAGAUUGUGAAGAUCCAGAGAGUGGUAGCUCCAGCAGGUCAGGGGCAGCUAAAGAGCCUCAUCGAGGCCCAUGUUGAAAAAACUGGGAGCACCAAAGGCUCGGCUAUCUUGAAGGAAUGGGACAGAUACUUGCCUCUCUUUUGGCAGUUGGUUCCACCAAGUGAGGAAGACACCCCAGAGGCUAGUGCAGAGUUCGAUAAAACAGUUUCUGGUAAGGUCACAUUUCAAUCCGCUUAGAAUGGCGGCACAAACCAUAUGAAGCUUUUAGGGUUCCUUGAGAUCUUGUCCUCAUGUGGUUGCUUCGACCGUAGUAGUAUCAUGGGAUAUUGAAAACAAGGAAUGUUAUUAUUGUCGUAUGUUGGGAUCUUCUUGAUGUUUUAGCCAAAGCUGAAGAGGAGGAAAGUCCUGACCAAUAUUGGAAAAUUGUAGAACAUUGCUAGAACAGUCUGGGAAGUUUUGUCAAUCUGACGUUGGCUUCCUUUGCCAUCUAGCAACUUGUACAGUGAUUAGGGAAAGAAAUGUUGAGUAAAGUCUGUACUCACCAUAUUCUUGGUUCAAUUAAAGAUUCCAUGAAAUUGUUUGUUAAA